AUGCUACUUGUUCGAUUUCUCUGCAUUUUCUCAUUUUUGGGUAUCGCUGCCUCUUUUACUCCACAAAAGAGCUCUUUCGUGUCUCAACCUUUGAAUGGUGUCGGAAAUGGAAGCUCGAUGGAAAUGGGAUACAAGAAAGUGUUCGUUGCUGGAGCGACCAGAGGAGUUGGAUUGUCAGUUGUUGAAAAGCUUGCUGCUAAUGGUAUUGAAGUCGUAGCUUUGGCUCGAACCGAAGAAGCAGCUGAAAGUUUGAAAAAGAUUGACGGUGUUUCGGUUGCAAUCGGUGAUGCAUUCGACCAGAAGCGAGUGGAAGAUGUGAUGUGGGGAUGCGAUGCCGCCAUUACAACACUCGGCGGUAGCACGGAUGACAGAAGAGUUGAUUAUGAGGGAAACAAUAAUGUGAUUGAAUCUGCUGGUAUUCUCGGUGUUACCCGCGUCCUUCUCGUUACGUCAAUUGGAUGCGGCUCUUCCAAGGAGGCAGCUCCUCCAGCCGUCUUUGAGGUUCUAAAGGAUGUUUUGGCUGCAAAGGAUAAGGCUGAAAACAUUUUGAUUAAGUACUAUACCAAUGUGAACUGGACAAUUAUCCGACCAGGAGGCCUUGUAUCCGAACCGAUGACUGGGGAGGCCAUUUUGACUGAAGACAACACCGCAAUUGGAAGUAUCCACCGUGAAGAUGUUGCCGACCUUGUCGUCAAGGCAUUGAACUCCCCCCAAACAGAACGAAAAAUUCUUUCCGCGCUCGACCCAUCCAUCACCAGCUCGGUAGCAGUUGAAGGAAAGAAGUUCGAAUCAUUUGCAGUGUAA